AAAAGGGUGGGGCUCCUGGGACAAUGGAAAGUUUUGAAGAGUGUGAAUCAUAUUGCUGAAGGCAGAACUUUGGGGACUAUUUAUUUGAAGGCAGAAGAAUGCUAUCAUUUGCAGCAGAAUGAACUGAGCAUCAGUCAGAAAACGUCCCUGUUUACAGAAACAGAGCCAAGAGAAAGACAGGAUGAGCACUGCUGGAAAAGUCAUUAAGUGCAAAGCUGCUGUGCUAUGGGAACUGAAUCAACCCUUCUCCAUUGAGGAAAUAGAAGUUGCCCCGCCAAAGGCUAAAGAAGUUCGCAUUAAGAUUUUGGCCACAGGAAUCUGUCGCACAGAUGACCAUGUGAUAAAAGGAGCAAUUGUUUCUAAAUUUCCAGUAAUUGUGGGACAUGAAGCAACUGGAGUCGUGGAGAGCAUUGGAGAAGGAGUCACUACAGUGAAACCAGGUGACAAAGUCAUCCCUCUCUUUGUGCCACAAUGUAGAGAAUGUAAUGCUUGCCGUAACCCAGAGGGCAAUCUUUGCAUCAGGAGCGAUAUUGCUGGCCGUGGAGUACUGGCCGAUGGCACUACCAGAUUUAUGUGCAAGGGUAAACCAGUCUAUCACUUCAUGAACACCAGUACAUUUACUGAAUACACAGUGGUGGAUGAAUCUUCCGUUGCCAAGAUUGAUGCUGCAGCUCCUGCUGAGAAAGUCUGUCUAAUUGGUUGUGGAUUUUCCACUGGCUAUGGGGCUGCUAUUAAGACCGGCAAGGUCACCCCUGGUUCUACUUGUGCUGUCUUUGGCUUAGGAGGAGUUGGUCUGUCGGUCAUCAUGGGCUGCAAGUCAGCUGGUGCCUCCAGGAUCAUUGGGAUUGACCUUAACAAAGACAAAUUUGAGAAGGCCUUGGCUUUAGGAGCCACUGAGUGUAUUAGUCCCAAGGACUUUACUAAGCCCAUCAGUGAGGUGCUGUCGGAAAUGACAGGGGACACUGUGAAGUACACUUUUGAAGUUAUCGGGCGUCUUGAAACCAUGGUCGAUGCCCUGGCGUCCUGCCAUGUGAACUAUGGGACCAGUGUGGUGGUAGGUGCUCCUCCAUCAGCCAAGAUGCUCAGCUUUGACCCGAUGCUGCUCCUCACUGGGCGCACAUGGAAGGGGUGCGUCUUUGGAGGUUGGAAAAGCAGAGACGAUGUACCCAAACUAGUGACUGAUUUCCUGGCAAAGAAAUUUGACCUCAACCAGCUGAUAAGCCAUGUUUUACCAUUUAAAAAAAUCAAUGAAGGAUUUGAACUGCUCUAUUCAGGGCAAAGCAUUCGAACUGUCCUGACGUUUUGAGAUCCUAAGUGACAAGAGCCCUGUGUUUUAAGAUGGUGACCUGGAGCUCUCCUUCUUACAAAUCUCUCCUCUGAGAUUAUGGAUGUGUCUCAAAAUACAAGAGAAGUAGAAGAUUUCACUUAGAAUCUUUAUAAAGGUUGACAACUUUCAUAAAGAUUUAGUUUCUGAGCAUGUGGGAGUUACCAGGAGAUUUUCCAAAGCUGUAAUUUUAUAUUUUAAAAAACAUAUAUUUGCUAAAAUUAAGCUCAUUUAAAGUUGUGUUCCAAGGAUAGGUUUUUGUUGCUGUUGUUGUUGUAAAGAUUACUUCGAUGUCAAAGUUAAACAGGGGAUAUAAUAGAAAACUUAAGUAAAGUUUUGGGUAAAUUGUAAAAGGUAUUUAGGUUUGUAAAAGAGUUUUAAAAGCAAGUAAAACUCGUAUGUAACUGACUUGCUAUAUAUAUGGGUUUUUGUAGAGGCUAAAUAGGCAUCAAAGGUUCAUUACUGUUUGUUUUGUGUUUCCCUUGUAAAACCUUAUAACUGUUGCCUGUUAAUGUUUUGCAGAAAUAAUACUUCUAACAGAACAACCUGAACUAAUUUAUGACAAUAAGUCAUCACCUACAGAACAGACAGGACAUAAUCCUGGUUUCCACUACUAAUACUGACCCCAAUUAAAUGAAAAGGAUAACUGUAAAAUUACAGAUAUGGAAGUUAUAACCUGUUAUUCCCACUUUAAGACUGAUAAAACUCGUCUUCUGGGUAAUUAUAUCCAAAAACUUGUAGACCAAAGUCAAGGACAUAAAAGGGCCAACAUUUUGGCCCUUGCCCUCUAAAGUCAGCCAUGGUCCAGAGAAUGAGAGGACCUCUCUAAAGUCCCUGCAGAUCCAGAGAGUCACCCAAUCUGCCAAUCAGAGAAAUUGAGAGGACACUAGAGAUCAGGAAGCCAACCGCAAAGAUUCUGUGGCUGACUUUAGAGGGUCAGGGCCAUUGGAGAGGGAAAUGUCCCUGAGGCUUCUAAGAGAAGCCACAUAUGGCCAACAAGACACUGACCUAUCCUAGCAGAUGGCACCACUGGUAGAGGAUCCUAGAAGCUUCAGACACAUCCAAGAAUGAUCCCUGAGGAAUUUCAGCUGACUCUUAAAGGUAGAUAGGAACAAGAUUAGUGUUGUCCAACUUGGUCUUAAACACCUCGCAGAAGGGUAUAGCUAAAACACAGUGCUACAUGAACAUAUAGAAGGAAUAAUUUUUAAAAUAUAACUUAAGAUACAUACUUGUACAGCCUUAUCUAAAGCAAGUAAAGCUGGAGGCUAGAAAGCAAGGGUUUUUUGUGGAGAAGUGCCUAAUAAAAAUGAUCACAAAGGAUUCUAGAGUCACAGGUUUGUCCUGAGUCAAUUUGAGCCUGAUCUCAAACCUACAAAAUCUUCCUAACUUCCUACAUAAAGUAACUUGAUCUGUUUUUCACUGAUAUGAUUAUGAGUUACUAUCUUUGUGGUUUUCAGAGACUGAGUGAAAUAAUAAUUGUUUUGUGUUAAUUGUUUACAAAAAAAGUAAUGUUUUCCUAUCUUGUUUAUUGUCUCAGCAUAAUCCCUGCCCUAUAUAACCUUGUCCAGUUACUCAUCAACUGCUACUAUGGACCUCUGGACUGCCCUGAUACUGGAUACCAUUAAUUGUCCAUGCCCAACCUGAUAAAGAACAAGGACUUUGGGUCACUUCCCCCAACUUUGCCCUCUCAGCAGGGAGCAGCUUGGAGAUGUCCUCACCCAUUUUCCAUGGACAUGGAAUGUAGAAAUUGACAGUGUGGAAACGCAACAGUGGUCCACUUUAUUCUUUGAAUAUAGCCCUUGCUGCUCUGCCACUGUGGCUUAUUUUUAAAACGACAUGUUUCUUUCUCUUCCUCUCUCCCUGCUUCUCCCUAAUCUCUCCUUCUCCCUAGUUUCAGGGGAAACAGGAUUACCUUUCCUUCCCAUCCUAGGCAGAAUUGUCUGUCUACAGGAAUCAAGUAAUUCCGACUUUAGGAAAGGCACCAGAAAAAUCUCAGAAAUGACUAUCGCUCAAAUUCACAAGUGAAUUACAACUUCAGACAGAGGACACAUGGACUGUAGCCUUUGAAUCACCUCUUUAAAAGUCCCCUGUUCCUGCUGAUGGGCAGAAUCACAGCCUCUGGGACAGGAGUCCCUGUGCUUCUCCUUUGUUAGUAAAGCAAUAAAACUUCUUUUUCCUUUUUCUCACUCACACAUUUGUGUGAUGAAAUAAUGAUGUUUUUUCAAAAAGUUUUAAUCAACUGCUAUGACUUAAAGCAGAUGGUAUAGUAAGUAUAUUUCCUAAAGUAAUAUUCAUUGAACACUUUGUAACUAUUCUCUGGAUUUGAAUAUAAAUUUUUUUAAACACCUGUUAUAAAUUAACUUAAAGUAUGUUGUGAAAUGAGCUCAUUACAUUGUACACAUUAUUUGAUUAGAUUAAGAAAUUGUGAGAAUUUAGGGAAAAGUAGAUUUUUAAGUGAUUAACUUUUAGAAUUAUCAGCAUAUAACUUGGUGAAACUGGAAAAGUAUAACCUAAGGGCAUAUGAGGCUAUCUGCCAACAUUAUUAAUGUCUUAUAAAAAAAUAUAUAUAUAUAUAUUAUAAUAUCACUUAAACAGAGCACAGGAUGGAGUAAUUUACAAUAUUUAUCAUAAUAUUCAUUUUAAUAAAGUAGGAUUAUAAAUCUUUAAGUCUCUAUUUACUUAGAGAUGACUUCAUUUAGCAAAAAGUGUUUUCAGUUUGCUACAACUGCACUGACAUCUAUAUUAUCUUUCCUCUACUGUGAAUGAACAAGAACUUUACUUAGAAUUUAAGUGAACAGUUUAAUUAAAAAUAAUUUUUACUUGGAUUGACAAGUGCACAUUUGAAAAAAUAGAUAUGGCCUUUUAACUUCACUAGUAUUUUAUGUUUCAAUGCAAGUUUUGGCAAAGAACCAUAUGAUCCCAUAACUGCCUGGCAUGGAUCAAGUUAAGUACUAUUCAUCCAGCAAGGCUGUUUAAAAAGUAAGCUUUCCCAUUUAAAAAAAAAAAGUGCAAAUAUUGAAGAUAGUAGAUUACAGUUUCAGGUGAGAACAGGAGAUGGUGGCUUGAUGGACACAGCCUGAGUAUGAUCCUAGUUCCACCUCUAACUGAAAUCCUGAGCACCUGUUUCCUGAGGUUCUUUAUAGCUCCAAUUCUCAAAGGCUCUAACUAGAAUGAGUGCUUGAAAUAAUCAUAAACUUGGUUUCUCUUCAUUUUGAAGACUGGGGAUUGUCUCUUUAGAAACAAAAGGUUUUAAAACACUUUCAAUUCAGUGCUUCAAAAUAAAGGAUUUAUUUAGGGCAUUAGUCUGGAAAAUGGGAAUCAGAGAAAUAGCUCUCCCCAGGAAGACACAAGAGUCAGCCUGGUCAAAGGCUUAAAUCCCUCAGGAGAAAAAAAAAAAAAAA